CCUUAAUAAUGACAAGCAAGAAGUGGCCGUUUGUGAAAUUUGGCGAAAGAUAAGGUUAGGUCUCGUAGUAGAAGUUGACAUUCACCAGUGUUUCAUUAUAAAUGGAAAUAUAUUAAAUACUUAUAUUUGGAACGUUCAUUACUUGUGAGUCAAUCAUGACGCUUACAAAUAAGAUGGACAUUGAUGAGAAAAAUGCCAAGGGUGAAGGUUUCAAACCAUAUUAUAUUACGAAAAUCGAGGAAUUACAAUUAAUUGUUGCUGAGAAAAGCCAAAAUUUAAGGAGAUUGCAAGCACAGCGUAAUGAGCUCAAUGCAAAAGUACGUAUGCUUCGGGAGGAGUUGCAACUUUUACAGGAACAAGGCUCUUAUGUAGGAGAGGUAGUUAAACCGAUGGACAAGAAAAAGGUUUUAGUCAAAGUACAUCCUGAAGGCAAAUUUGUAGUAGAUUUAGACAAGAAUAUUGACAUUAAUGAUGUGACACCAAACUCACGUGUGGCUUUGCGUAAUGAAAGUUAUACUUUACAUAAAAUAUUGCCAAACAAAGUGGAUCCACUUGUUUCCCUCAUGAUGGUAGAGAAAGUACCAGAUUCCACAUAUGAAAUGGUUGGAGGUUUAGACAAACAAAUAAAAGAAAUUAAAGAAGUUAUAGAGUUGCCUGUUAAGCAUCCAGAACUGUUUGAUGCCCUUGGAAUUGCACAACCUAAAGGUGUGCUCUUGUAUGGACCACCAGGUACUGGCAAGACUUUGCUUGCAAGAGCAGUUGCACAUCAUACUGAAUGUACUUUUAUUCGUGUAUCUGGAUCUGAAUUAGUACAGAAAUUUAUUGGAGAAGGAUCACGUAUGGUGCGUGAACUUUUUGUUAUGGCAAGAGAACAUGCACCAUCUAUAAUAUUCAUGGAUGAAAUUGACUCCAUCGGUAGUUCCCGAAUUGAAUCUGGAUCUGGAGGCGAUAGUGAAGUUCAACGAACCAUGUUAGAGUUACUUAAUCAAUUGGAUGGUUUUGAAGCAACAAAGAAUAUAAAAGUUAUCAUGGCUACAAACAGAAUUGAUAUCUUGGAUCCGGCAUUAUUACGUCCUGGACGUAUUGAUCGUAAAAUCGAAUUCCCACCUCCAAAUGAAGAAGCUAGAUUGGACAUCUUAAAGAUUCAUUCUAGGAAAAUGAACUUAACACGUGGAAUAAAUCUAAGAAAGAUAGCUGAACUCAUGCCUGGUGCAUCAGGGGCAGAAGUUAAGGGUGUCUGCACUGAAGCUGGAAUGUAUGCUCUUAGAGAACGUCGUGUCCAUGUAACUCAAGAGGAUUUUGAAAUGGCUGUAGCAAAAGUGAUGCAAAAGGAUUCCGAAAAAAAUAUGUCGAUUAAGAAAUUAUGGAAGUAACAGAUUUCACUGUUUUUUUUUCAAUAUUACAUUCUCAUUAAUGAUCUUUGAUGUAUUAAUAUUUCUUUUAUGUGAGUAAACCAUUUUAAUCAGGAUUGGAAUAUGAUGUAUGUAGAACGGGAAAAUAUAGGAAGUUUACAUAAAAUUAUAGAUGUACGCGACACACAAAUUUUACGUAAAUAUCAAAUCAUUAAUUAAAUAUAUGUGAGAAUAGUAUA